UUUUGUUUCUGAGCUUAUUUCGCGAGUAUUGUCUUGUUCAGUUCUAUUUUACCUUCGCGAUGCCUGAGCCAGCCAAGUCCGCUCCUGCCCCGAAGAAGGGCUCUAAGAAGGCGGUGACCAAAGCCCAGAAAAAGGACGGCAAGAAGCGCAAGCGCAGCCGCAAGGAGAGCUACUCCGUGUACGUGUACAAGGUGCUGAAACAGGUCCAUCCGGAUACCGGCAUCUCGUCCAAGGCCAUGGGCAUCAUGAACUCCUUCGUCAACGACAUCUUCGAGCGCAUCGCCGGCGAGGCCUCCCGCCUGGCGCACUACAACAAGCGCUCGACCAUCACGUCCCGGGAGAUCCAGACGGCCGUGCGCCUGCUGCUGCCGGGGGAGCUGGCCAAGCACGCCGUGUCCGAGGGCACCAAGGCUGUCACCAAGUACACCAGCUCCAAGUAAAUCUGUCUUCUGCAACAAUACCAAUAACUCAAGGCUCUUUUAAGAGCCACCCACGUUGUCUCUUAAAGAUCUGUAACUACAGUUUGUGAAAGUGGCUUGACCAAUCAAUGAGAAAAGUAUUUUAUUGCCAUCAAAGUUCACCUUUUUGAGCGGUGAUGGGGCAGAGAACCAUGGGUAAGAAAGCAUAAACCUGUGUUCAAAAGUGUCAUUUUCCAUUUAUUAGCCAUAUGUCUGCAAAUAGCUGCGAGGGAGAGCAAAACUUGCCUAUUUGAUAUCUCUAUUAUUCUAGACUGGUUAAGCUUAAGAAAAAGGACCAACUUUGAGAACGUAGAAACUUAUUCUUGUAAGACAUAUUUACAAGGGAAAUUCCCAUUUAUAAUAGUGUCUCCCUCGGUGUACCUGGAAGAGUACGGCCUAAUGUCUAAAUCUGCAUAACCGCCUUACCCGUGUUUGCUGUGCUUUUCCUGGUUACCUCCCACAACCGACUCCCCCAAACAUUCUUUGUAUCUGAAAUAGUAUUUAAGGUGGUGGCUUCAGCCAUUUCCUCCAUGAACUUAGUUUUCCUGGGGCUGGCUCUCCAAUGUAUACAGGAGGAAUACAUGUUAAUGCCUUAUGUUUUUCUGCCGUUAAUCUGUCUUGUAUCAAUUAUUAGACCAGCCAGAGAACCUAGAAAGGAAGAAGGAAAAAAUUUUCCUCCAUACAAUGACUGGAUUUUUGUGAACAUUAAGUUACUGUAUUUUUUAAUAGUGUUGUGAAUCAAAUUCCCUAAACCCCAUAUAUAAUAAGGGCAUUCAUUUCUUGUUUUCCAAAGUUA